AUGGCUCGUGGUAAGGGACGGACUAUUGCUAUCAAGUUGAUUUCAACAGCCGGUACGGGAUUUUUCUACACGACAAGGAAGAACGUUACCAACACGCCGAAUAAGCUAGCCUUUAUCAAAUUCGACCCGGUAGUUCGGCGACGGGUGGUCUUUAAAGAAGGCAAAAUCAAGUAA